GGAGAGCGCAUCGGGCGCAGUGUAUCCGGCAGCACCAGCUGAGCGCAACCUCUUGUCUCCAUCCAGCGCUGCUAUUCUCCUUCUUCUCCAAACACACUGUACCCCGAUUCCAUCAGCAGCCCCUCUGCCCCCCAGCCUUGCACCUUCUCUGCUGGAGCUUGUUAGUUCUGAGCAAGAGGCUUCAGACUCAAUGGUGUGUCUCCUGGACCUCACCUGACUGCAGGAGGAGCCCCAAUGUUUAAAGGUGGUUAAUGGAGAGGAGGUCGAAUGACAGCCGGGACUGUGGUCAUCACCGGUGGAAUAUUAGCAACUGUAAUCCUUCUCUGUAUUAUAGCCGUUCUCUGCUACUGUAGACUCCAGUAUUACUGCUGCAAGAAGGAAGAUUCAGAAGAAGAUGAGGAGGAACCUGACUUUGCUGUCCAUUCUCGUUUCCCUCCUAUGCACAGCAACCGGAAUAUAGUUCUUGCAAAUGGUCCUUCCAUCUACUCUUCCCCUUACAACAAGAAACACCAACGCUGCAGGAGCGUCUGCCAGGGUUGCACCCACCAUGAUCCACCAGCUUUCCUCCUGCAUCCCCCCGAGGAGGUCCACAAUGGAGGAGAACGUAUUGCUUACAAGACGAUCAGCCAGGAGGAAAUUGAACUUCCGGUUAAUGUGAGCAAUUUGCAGCUUCUAAAUCCCAACCGCUUAUCUGCCAUGAGAGAAGCUUUUUCCCGCAGUCGUAGUAUAAGCACCGACGUGUGAGGCCAUGGACCCACCAACUGGACUGACAUGAUCCCAGCAGCAACUCUGUGCUUUGAAAAGCUUAUUGGUACUUUUGUACCACGACAGAAGCCUAUUCCCACAGCAACAGUAUAAGAACUAAUGUGUGAGGCCAUAGAACUGCCAACUGGACUGACAUGAUCCAAGCAACUCUGUUCUUUGGGCAGCCUAACUGUACCAAUUAUCUUCUGUUUAAAUCCAUCCCUUAGGCUUGUGGAAAAACUGAAGGAAAAUUACAUUCCCAAGCCUUUCUAAAUUGAGGUGGAUAAUUCCUCCAUUUGUGCAAUGAAGCAAAAAGAACAAAUAAGAAAGAAAAACAAAAAAAAAAGCACAGUACGAUUCCUAUAGCAAAAAGCUUUUCAACCAGUGCUUGUACUCCCCCACUCCGUUCAUAGUUCUCUGAGCUUUUACAUGAAGUCAAAUGUGUUUUAAACUGAUGAAUGUAUUUAUACAAAAAGUACAGACAAAUGUUACAAAAUAUAAUCACAAAUAUUUGGCAAAAAAAGAAAGAAUUGCAUUGAGGGUGGGAUGUAAGAUAUUAAGGAACCUUUCAUCUGAAAUGGGACAAUUUGGGAGUUUUUCUAAAGCUAUAUAAAUAUCAGAAUGCUAGGGGUUUUCCCUAUUGUGCAAUUUUGUAUCUGUAACCACAGGGGGGUGCUCUAAUAAUGAGUCGGUAUUGUUUUGAAUGUUGAAUUCAAUGUUUUUUUUCCCCUUUGGAGAAGUUCUUCAAUUGAAUUUUUAAUACAAGAGUAACAGAUUUUGUGUGUGAAUGUAGAAGAGAAUCACCAGGUUGGGGGUAUAAAGGGCAAUGGAUUUUAUGCAGUGGAGGAAGUAAAUGAGUUAUUUGACAUGAAAGAGGUAAGGAAAGUUGGCUCAAAAAAGGGAGAUAGGUAGAUUUUAUAAACAGUUAAUGGUUUUUAGAAGUGGUUGAGGCCUAACACAAUAUAUAACGUCAGUUUAACGUAUGCUGUAAAAUGACAUAAUAAAAGAUUGUGUUAAUA